CAAUUAUCACACUGGAAAGAUGACCCAAUGGCUCUCGGUCUUACCACCUCAUACUGCCUUGAAUUUACUCCAAGCAUCUAGUUUCACUGAUCUAACAUGCCUGCUGGGUGUUUCUUUGCGCUUCUCGCAUUCCCCUCAUGGAGCGGCUUUUUGUACAAAAUCUCGCCUAUGGGUAGCACUAUUCUUCACCUCAUGGAAUUGAUUGGAAGACAAUGGCAAUUCGGUCUAUCUUGUUUGGCCAUUUAUUGUGUCCUUCAUCGAAUCACUUUGCACCCUUGGGAAUUAUGUAGAGAAGAGGCAAAAACGACUAAAGGGAGAACCCAGUUAUGGCUGGCUUUCAAUUGCUUCACGUCACGUUCCGACAAAGUGCAGUCGAGGCCCUAUUUUCGGUGGCUUGCAGGGGCGCAGCAUCGCAGCGUCUACUAAGCGCUCAUACAAGCCUUGUCAUUCUACCCAAUCAUCUUAGCCACCAAAUCCGUGAUAGGAUGAUAUUUCUUGCCCACAGAUUGUACUUCGACGCCCACUGUCUCCUCAUGCCUGGAUCUUCUCAGCCUUGCAUCUUUUG